AUGGCACCACUUCAACGAGAACUUACAAAACUUUUCAUCAAAUAUCCAAUCGAUCUCUCUCGUCAAAUGCAUUUUGAAAACGGGAUUGAACAAUUAUUCAAUGAAUCAUUUCUUCAACCUAUGCCUUCUGUACUUGAAGAGCGUACACUCUAUGAAAAACAACUCAUUCUAUCAAUUAGAUAUCAAUUAAAUAAAGAUCAAUUGAUUCUACGGCGAACCACUGAUGAGAUGAAUACAUAUUAUCUUGGUCGAUUGAAUGAAUUUAAUCAAAAAUCGAAUGAAUAUAUUCAGAAUUCAACUUGUUACGAACUGAUUGAAACAAUUAAUGAAAUUAAUACAGAACAACAACAAUUAGAAGGAAUUAUUCAAUCCAUUGAUUUACAACUGGAAAUAUUAUAUCAAAGAAAAUUGAUUAAAGAAGAUCAUUUAAUCAGAUUAAGUAUUGGCAAAAAAACAAAUAUCAAUCUUCCAUAUCUUUAUUUCUUACCAGAAACGAAUGAAAAUGUUCAUAUGUCAGUACAACCACGACUAUCAUCAUGUCAGCAUUGUCCAAUAUAUACUCUAGCUACUUAUCUUAAUCAACUUCUUCGACCAUUAUUUGAUAAUUUUUCACGAUCAACAACAUUUCUUAAUGGUGGUGACUUUAUACAAAAACUACAAUAUUAUUGUAUACAACUAGAUCUUCUUCUACCGAAAACAUAUUUUGCAACAUUUAAAAUUCAUGAUUUAUAUACGAAGAUAUCACAUUCGGCUCUUCUUGAAGCAUUAAAUAUAUUUCUAAUGAAUCCACUUGUCAAUGAUCAACAUCAAAAAUUAUCAAGUGAUGCUAUUCAAGAAUUAACUGCAAUAGUCUUACGAAAUAAUGUUUUCUCUUACAAUGGAAAAAUCUAUCGAUUUAUUAAAGGAGGUCCAUUAAAUUUACCAUUAAUAGAAUUAUUAUGUCAUAUUUAUAUGCAUCAUUGGCAAUAUUCAUUAGUUACACAUAUUUGUUUGAAAGAUGCAUUCUAUGGUCGAUAUAAAGAUACAGAUUUUUUAACAUGGAAUGGUCCGAUUGAUCAAUUGCAAACAUUAUUCAAUAAACUUGAACAAGAACUAGAUUCGAAUCUUCAAAUGACAACAUUUAUUAGUAGUGAUGUUCAUUUUCUUCAUGCUGCUAUUGAAAAUCGAAAAGCAUCUUCACAUACUCAUGUCCAUCAUGAUUCAACAAUUCAACCAUUUUUAUUGAAUGGAUGGAAAAAGGAAGAAAGGAAAAAUGUCGAAAGGAAAAAUGUAGAAGAAAAAUAUAGAAAAGAAAAUAUAGAAAAGGAAAAACAGCGAAUGAAAAAAUAUCGAAGAGAAAAUAGCGAAGAGGAAAAAUAUCGAAAAUUAGAAUGUCUAAAUAAGACAUGA